AUGCGCACUUCGCGAGCUUCCAAGGACACGGCAAAAGUCCUCCAGGCCCUGUCGCCCCCUGGACGGCGCCAAACGCGCAGUGCCUCCGGGGCAAAUGUCCUGCGCGAAUUUGCGUAUAACGGAGGAACAACUGCUGAACCCGAGGCGCCCAGCAGCGAUGAUGACGUCUCAUCCCUCUCGUCGGUGGCGACCGUUGAUAUGGAGGAUAUUCUGGAACCCCCUGCCAAACGACGAAAAAGCAAGCUGGCCAGUGUGGCGACACGCACCGGUUCGCGGUCUGCUGCCACGCGGCAAGCGCCUGAAAGGUUGAUCGAAAAGUCUGUGAAUAACGAGCCUGUAUCUCCUAAAGCUCAGAAGGCUCCCCGGAAGGUGCCAGCUCGAAAGAUCAAGGAUGAAGAUGGUUCGUACAAAGUCGAACCGCCGUCGAACUGGGAGACCAUUUAUGACACCGUCAAGAAGAUGCGCGAGGAGAAUCCAACCGCCCCUGUUGACACGAUGGGAUGUGCUGAGCUAUAUUGGCGCGCGUCCGCUCCACGGGAAAGACGCUUUCAAACCUUGAUCGCGCUGAUGCUGUCGUCGCAGACCAAGGAUACUGUCACGGCGGUGGCGAUGCAGCGGUUGCACACCGAACUUGGAGAAGCCCCUGAGGCAGCCAAGCAGGAGCCCGUCAUCAAGCAGGAGUCUCCGCCACCAGAACAAACCACUAAGGAUAGUACUCUGAAUCUAGAGAAUAUCCUGGCUGUGGCCCCUGAACGUCUCAAUCAACUUAUCGGCACCGUGGGCUUCCAUAACAACAAAACAAAGUAUAUCAAAGCAGCGGCGCUUAUCCUCCGGGAUCAGUACGACGGCGACAUCCCAUCGACCGCACCGGAGCUGAUGAAGCUUCCCGGAGUCGGCCCGAAAAUGGCGUUUCUCUGCAUGAGUGCGGCAUGGGGCAAGCAUGAAGGCAUCGGCGUGGACGUCCACGUGCAUCGAAUCACGAAUCUCUGGGGCUGGCAUAAGACGAAGAAUCCGGAGGAAACGCGCAUGUCGUUGGAAUCCUGGCUGCCAAAGGAGAAAUGGCAUGAGAUCAACAAGCUGCUAGUCGGACUGGGCCAAACGGUCUGCUUACCUGUAGGGAGGAAAUGUGGUGACUGCGACCUCGCAGGGACGAAACUAUGCAAGAGUGAGGUCAAAGGACUAGAAACUACCCCUCCACGACCUACCAUUACAUUCCUGCACCUCCCCGAGCAUGUCCGGAUCAUAAUCCUUCAGUAUGCUGGGCUCCUGAGGCCUUGCCUGGUCAACAUCAGUUUUGAGAAGGACCGCAUAAAACGAGCCAUCACGCAAAGUUGCAGCAGUAGUCCGAUGCGGGAGACUCGCGGUCAUUGGACUACGACGGUUGACAGACCCUGCGACCACCCACGCUUGCCUUUGGGGCUCCUAGCAUCCUCUCGCAGUAUGCGCGACGAAUUGGGUCCCCUGUUCUUUAGGUUAAACAGAUUCAGUGCGUUCCUGCACACAAAAGCGGACUUCAAAACCUUCCGCGUGGCAACGGCCUGGGGAAUCCACAAUCUGAAAUCCCUGCACCUUGACCUUGGACCUAGGGAAAACCGGAACCUGAAGCUUGACGGGACGGGGGCUCAUCGCACAGCAUUUGCCGUCUGGAAGGACUUUUGUAAGAUUGCCGCUCAGAAAAUGACCGGACUGCGGGAUUUCAGUCUGCGGUGUCGUGUCAGGGAGGACGAGGUGGCUUGUCGACUCAUGCGCGACGCAUACCCUUUUCCCAAGCUCUCUCGCUGUGCUAUUCAUUUCAACAAUAUUCAAGACGACGAUAUCCGGCCCAUUCUCAAGAGGGCUGUCUGGAGAUUGACCGACAACUUGGGACAUAGGCCUUCAUUCCCAUUCCAUCGCCUGCCCAAAGAAGUGCAGUAUAUGAUCCUCGAAUAUGUUCUAAUCGAUCGCUCCGAUCCGUACAUUCCAACAGCGGAGUGGUCCCGCGGGAUCGUCACCUUCCAGGAGCGCAGGCGCCCGCGAGUCAACGUGUUUCCACUUACCUGCUGCGGGACCUGCUCACCCCUGCAGACGAUGUGCUUCUGCCAUUCACGUCAGACUUCAUAUUCAUCCACGUGCAGUUGUUUCACCUCGCCACUGCCCUACUUCCUGGUCAACAGAGAGUUCUAUCACGAUGCAAGUCGGAUUUUCUAUUCCAGGAACAUCUUCGCGUUCGUGGAAGAAGACCCGGAAUUCAUGAUGCGUUUCUUGCACAGCAUCUCAGACUCCACCUUCAAGCUUAUCCGCCAUCUGACGUUCAAAUUCCCGGCGCUCUAUCGCCACCCCAGCAAAUGCGCCCACCGGCCAGAAGAUUCCGCGCUCGUCUCCUGGGCCGUCUUGCGUCGCUUUAUUCGCGAACAUUUUGCGGUUCCCCUGCUCUCGAUCACCAUCAUUGACCUUGGGACCAAGAACUAUGUGAACAACGUCAGUCCGAACCGCAACAAGUACCUGCGCAAGCUGCUCAAGUCUUUCGAAGAUUUGCAAAGCCUGCGCGAUUUCCGGGUGUUUCUGGCUGACGACGGCAUAUUUGAAAUACAAGCGGAGACUGCAGUUCUGGGGGGUGUGGCCACGAGGAGGGAGAAGGCAAGGAGUCUGCCGUUUAUUGGAAAGAGACAUUUGACUAGACGUGGAUGA